AUGGCGCUCGCGUCGCUCGCGUGCGCGUCUCCUACUAUCGCCGCGUCCUCCCUCGCCUUUGCCGCAGCGCGCGCAACCUCUUUACGCCGUCACUACGCCUACGCCGCUCUCGCGCUGCGCCUGCCGCUAAUGCGGCCGCCGUUCCCCGCGCUUCCCGCCGAUCCCUCCGCCUUAUGCGUGCUGUUAGAGGAGGAGAUGCGUCCGCCGCACGAGCGCAUGCAGCACGCGCGCGAGCAGCGCGACCUGGCGGAGGCGGCGCUGGAGACGCGCCAGCGCUGGGAUCGGCGGCGGGAGGCGCGCGGGCGGCGCGCGGAGAAGCAGGGGCGCGCGGAGGCCGCCAUGGACGCGAUGGACGCGGAGGAGGCGGCGAUUGCGGCGGCCAUGGCGAAGGUCAAACCGGGGGACGCGAGCGGCCUGAUCCCCGCGGAGGAGGAGCUGGCGAUGUUCAAGGAGUGGGCUGCGCGCCAAGCAACCCUCCCCACCCCCUCAUCCCUUGCCGUCCCCCGUCCCUCUCGCCCGCGCCGCGCCCCCGCUACUUCCCCCAGCCUGAUCCCUGCGGAGGAGGAGCUGGCGAUGUUCAAGGAGUGGGCGGCGCGCAAGCUGCGGGGCGCGCCCAGGGGCGCGGAGGGCGUGGCGGUGGCGCGCGGGCUGGCGCACAUGCGGCGCACGCUGGAGGGCGCGGUCAGGGAGGAGCAGGACGCGCGCAGGCGCGGAGACGCGGGCGGAAGCGGGGGCAGCGGGGAGAUUGGGGAGAUUGGGGGGAGUGGGGGACGCGCAGGGGCAGAGGGGAGAGGGGACGGAGGGGAUAGAGGGGGAGGGGUGAGGGGGAGGAAGGGGAGUGAGGGGAGGAGGGUGGAACAGACGUGGGAGAAGGAUCAGCGCGAGUGGGGGACGAUGUGGGCCAAGGGCAGUGGGGGGAGGGGCGAGGGCGAGGGGGGAAGGCGCGGAUUGGGGGAUGGGGUGGCGGAAGUUGUGGCGGAUUUGGAGGAGAGGCGGCGGAGGGUGGGGGGAGGGGAAGGGGAGGGGCGGAAAGGAGUCCGGGGAGAGGGGAAUGGGGGGCGGAAAAAGGGGAGAAGAGGAGGAGAUGGGGGGGAGAGAGGGGAGAGGUGGAUAUGA